UCGCGACAAGUCAUCCUCCUCGUGUCGUGUCAAGCCGAGUUGCGUCAUGGUGUCCUUCAAGAUCAGCGUGCCCAGUACAUCCGCCAACAUCGGCCCGGGCUUUGAUGUACUCGGAUUAUCCAUGUCGCUCUAUCUCGAGCUCGAGGUUUCCCUGCCGGCCAACGCAGACUCCAGCAGCUCACCGCUCGAAGCUUCUAAGCGAGCACAGUGCAGCUAUGCUCAGGUCGAGCUCACUUAUUCCGGCGAAGGAGCAACAGAGGCCCCUUUGGAUCCGUACAAAAACCUGAUCACUCGCGUUGCGCUCUACGUCUUGCGGUGUCACGACUAUACCUCCUUUCCUUACACGACGACCGGUUCGGAGAACAGAGCUGGAGAGGCAUGCAUCAGCAUACAUGUGACGAACAGCGUCCCCUUCGGUCGAGGGUUAGGCUCCUCAGGCGCGGCCGUCAUUGCAGGCGUUUUGCUCGCAGACAGACUCGGCAGACUGGGCUUGAGCGAUUCCAGGCGACUCGAUUUCGCACUCAUGGUCGAACGCCAUCCCGAUAACGUCGCUGCCGCUCUCCUCGGCGGUUUCGUGGCGUCAUACUUGCGAGAAUUGCCGCCGGAGGACCUCAAAGCAGCCUCGAUACCAUUGGCAGAAGUACUUCCCGAAUACCCGCCAGAAGCAGACGAGAACUGGGGCAGAGAUCCUCCUGUGCCGCCCGUCGGUAUCGGUCAUUGGGUCAAGCUGGCCUGGUCCCCAAAAGUCAAAGCUAUCGCAGUCAUACCCGCUUUCGAAGUCUCGACAGCCAAAGCACGCGCAGCUCUACAGCCUGCCUAUGCUCUCAAAGAUUGUGUCUUCAAUCUGCAGCGGUUAGCCGUGUUGACGCAAGCGCUCGGCCAGCAAAAUCCCGACCCAGAUCUCAUCUUCCAGGCCAUGCAAGAUAGACUGCAUCAGCCGUACAGAAAGCAUUUGAUACCCGCGUUGCCGACAGUAUUGAGCUCGUUCAGCCCCACAAGUCAUCCGGGUCUACUGGGCAUAUGUCUGUCCGGCGCAGGUCCCACCAUUCUCGCCCUCGCGACGCAGAACUUUGAGCAGAUUGCGCAGUCCGUUUGCGAGAUCUUCCAGGCCGAAGGCGGCAUUCACUGCCGCUGGCUGGUGCUGGACGCUACAACCCAAGGCGGCACAAUAGAAGAACAUCUGUGAACAUGCACAACCGCAUAUGCUCGAACAGAAACCCCGCGCGAGCAUCGCACGGGCAUACGCAGCAUCACGAAAGUAUCGCGAUGCUGCCUGUCCACAGCUCUGGCACGGGAUGCAAUCAUAGAGUAACAAUACCCGACACUAAGGGAGAUGAUCGCCCCUCAGUCUGGCCUCC